AUGCCAACCAUACGGAGAGUCCAACCUUCGGACCUCUUCCAUCUAAACCUGUGCAAUCUUGAUCCUUACACCGAGAAUUACGACUUGGGAUUUUAUCUAACAUAUCUGAUGAGAUGGCCUUCGUUAUUCCAGUGUAUUGAAGAACAUGGCCAGAUUGUCGGUUAUAUCAUCGGCAAGGUCGAGACAUCACCAUCACAUAUGCAGGGGUCGCCACAUUACUUACCAUGGCACGGUCAUAUUACUGCACUGUCCAUAGCGCCACAAUAUCGACGCCUUGGCUAUGGGAAACUUCUCAGUGAGUCAUUGGAGAAGGCAUGCAAUCAACAAGAUGCCUGGUUUGUCGAUCUGUUUGUUCGAAAGAGCAACAAAAACGCCAUCAAGAUGUAUGAAAGCAUGGGUUACUCGACCUAUCGAAAGGUCGUCCGGUACUACUCGGACGACCCGACGGGUGUAUCCAAGGAUGGAGAAGAUGCCCUGGAUAUGAGAAAGGCUCUCGACAGGGACAAGGACAAAAUUCAUGUCCGAGAGAACGGAGAGACUUUUCUGGUUGAUCCCGAUGAUGUCUUUUAG